AACACUUCAGGAAACAUGCGUGAAUGUGUCUCAGUGCACGUCGGUCAGGCCGGUGUCCAGAUUGGGAAUGCCUGCUGGGAGCUUUACUGCCUGGAACAUGGGAUCCAGCCGGACGGACAGAUGCCCAGCGACAAGACCAUCGGAGGAGGAGACGAUUCCUUCAACACCUUCUUCAGUGAGACUGGAGCCGGAAAGCACGUCCCCAGGGCUGUCUUUGUGGACCUGGAGCCCACUGUCAUCGAUGAGGUGCGCACUGGGACCUACCGUCAGCUCUUCCACCCUGAGCAGCUGAUCACCGGCAAGGAGGAUGCUGCCAACAACUACGCCCGCGGACACUACACCAUCGGCAAAGAGAUCAUCGACCUGGUGCUGGACAGGAUCCGCAAACUGGUGGGUCACUUUAGAGCGGCAUUUCAGAUUUUGCUCUAUAAUAUCAAAUUAAAUGACGUUACUGUCUCUCAUAUGCAAUCAUUGUCUCCCUCUCUCUGUCCUCAGGCUGACCAGUGCACCGGCCUUCAGGGCUUCCUGGUCUUCCACAGCUUCGGAGGUGGCACCGGCUCUGGUUUCACCUCCCUGCUGAUGGAGCGUCUGUCUGUCGACUACGGCAAGAAGUCCAAGCUGGAGUUCUCCGUCUACCCAGCUCCUCAGGUGUCCACCGCCGUGGUGGAGCCCUACAACUCCAUCCUGACCACCCACACCACCCUGGAGCACUCUGACUGCGCCUUCAUGGUGGACAACGAGGCCAUCUACGACAUCUGCCGCAGGAACCUGGACAUCGAGCGUCCGUCUUACACCAACUUGAACAGGUUGAUCAGUCAGAUCGUGUCCUCCAUCACUGCUUCCCUUCGCUUCGACGGCGCCCUCAAUGUUGAUCUGACGGAGUUCCAGACCAACUUGGUGCCAUAUCCCCGUAUCCACUUCCCUCUGGCCACCUACGCCCCGGUCAUCUCAGCUGAGAAGGCUUACCACGAGCAGCUGACGGUGUCUGAAAUCACCAACGCCUGCUUCGAGCCGGCCAAUCAGUUUGUGAAAUGCGACCCUCGCCACGGCAAGUACAUGGCUUGCUGCCUCUUGUAUCGCGGCGAUGUGGUGCCCAAAGAUGUCAAUUCUGCCAUCGCCACCAUCAAGACCAAGCGCACCAUCCAGUUUGUGGACUGGUGCCCCACUGGGUUCAAGGUUGGCAUCAACUACCAGCCGCCCACCGUAGUCCCUGGUGGAGAUCUGGCCAAGGUCCAGAGGGCUUUGUGCAUGCUGAGCAACACCACUGCCAUCGCGGAGGCCUGGGCUCGACUCGACCACAAGUUCGAUCUGAUGUACGCCAAGAGGGCCUUUGUUCACUGGUACGUGGGCGAGGGGAUGGAGGAGGGAGAGUUCUCUGAAGCCAGAGAGGAUAUGGCGGCUCUGGAGAAGGACUAUGAGGAGGUUGGCGCUGACAGCGUAGGAGAGGAGGGUGAGGAUGAAGGGGAGGAGUAUUAA